UCUAGUAGUGGAGUACUAACCAUCCUACAAAAUGGAGAAGACUCUUUUUAGUUUCCAGAUAUUUAUGAAGUAUCAAUAAUUUAAACUAAACAUUUUUGUUUCCGAGAAAUCCAAUCAACAGACGGAAUACGUAAAGAUUUGGUCUUUUUUUUGGAUCGAAAAAAGUCUCAAAUUAGACUUUUUCGCUACUAAGUUUCUGAACCAUGAACGGCGGAGGAGGCGACGCCGCAUCGCCGCCGCUAUCCUCACAGUCAGCGGCAGCGAACGGCGGCGAAUUCCUUCUUCAAUUACUUCAGAAUCGUCCACAUCACCACCAUCCUCAGCACCAACCGCCGCCGGAAUUGCAGACUCUGCCACAUGAUCCGGCGGUUGCCGCAGUAGGUCCCAGUGUACCCUUCCCGCAGUUGCCCUAUUCUCACUCUCCUCCUCUCUUUGUACCCCAUAAUUUCUUUAUUCAAGGGUUUCUCCAAAACCCUAAUCCUAGCCAUAACCUUAACCCUAAUUUCUCAUCUCCUCCUGCCCACUCAAGUGGGUUCAGUCAAAUUCAACAUGCUGGUGGUCCACUUGGAUUUGGAUCAGUAGGGGAAAACAUGGGCAAUUUGGGAAUUUUCGGUGGUAAUGCUAAGCCCUAUAAGUCAACUCCUGAGCUAGAUCAAAAUUUGACCUUUGGUUCGUUACGUAGAGAUAUUCGAGGCGAUUUGGGUAUACUAAAUAAUCGUCUCAAUGGUGAAUUAGCUGGUAAAGUUGGUAACUUUGCACAGAAAAGCCAAGAAUCAAGAUUAGGGAAUGUUAGGAUGUUGAAUGGUGUGGAGGGUAAGCUUGACAAUGUUAUUGGUUCGGGUCGAAAACAGCACGAGAGUUUGGGAAAUUUGAGGGGUCUUGAGCAACAGAAUAGUACUAGUGGUGGAGGUGGGGGUGAGAGUGGGGGUUUGGGGUGGGGAAGACAGUUUCAGAGUGGGGGUGUAAGAGGGGUGGUGCCACCACCAGGUUUUUCGGGCAAAGCGAGGAGCAUGGGCUUUGAGCAUAAUGUGGAUAAGGAGAAGAGCAAUUUCGUUGAGUCGAACCAUAGGGUUAUUGGCUUGAAUAAUAAGAAUGAAAGGGAAAGUAAGUAUUUUCCCAGGAAUGAUAAGAAUUAUGCAAUUGUUUCGGAUGGUCGAGGCAUUUUUCGUCAGCUGGACUCGCCUGGCCCACCGGUAGGAAGUAAACUUCAUUCUGUUUUGGCUUCUGAUGUUGAGGAUUCUAUGUUGGAAUUACAUGGUGAGGAAGCUGAGAGUGGAGAAGAAACUGGCAGUGGGAUGAGGGAUAAGCUAGGUAGAGGUUCCGCUCGAGGUCAAAGUGAAUUGGAUGAUUUGGGAGAACAGCUUAUCAGUUCUCUUGGACUCGAGGAUGAAUCAAAUGAGAGAAGUGAUAAAAAGAAACAUCAUGGCUCUCGUGAUAAGGACUACCGAUCAGAUAAGAGAGGAGAAUUUAUACUCGGCCAGAGGAUGAGAAUGUUGAAAAGACAGAUUGCAUGUCGGAGUGACAUUAAUAGGAUGAAUGCUGCUUUGCUAGCUAUAUAUGAGUCCUUAAUACCUCCAGAAGAAGAAAAGGCAAAGCAGAAGCAGUUAUUAGCACUUUUGGAUAAAAUUGUUAGCAAGGAAUGGCCUGGUGCUCGGCUCUAUGUUUAUGGAUCUUGUGCCAAUUCUUUUGGUUUCUCGAAGAGCGAUAUUGAUAUUUGCCUUGCAAUUGAGGAUGCAAAUAUUGACAAAUCAGAGGUAUUGUUGAAGUUGGCUGACAUGUUGCAAUCGGACAAUCUCCAGGAUGUGCAGGCGCUAACGCGUGCUAGGGUGCCUAUAGUCAAGCUUAUGGAUCCAGAAACUGGGAUAUCAUGUGAUAUAUGUGUGAAUAAUGUUUUGGCUGUUGUUAACACAAAGCUGCUUCGAGAUUAUGCACACAUAGAUGUGCGAUUAAGGCAGUUGGCAUUUAUCGUCAAACACUGGGCUAAGUCGAGAGGGGUAAAUGUAACUUACCAGGGGACAUUAUCUAGCUAUGCGUAUGUGCUAAUGUGCAUUCACUUUCUACAGCAGCGAAGACCUGCCAUCCUUCCAUGCCUACAGGGAAUGCAGCCAACCUACUCUGUUACCGUUGACAACAUUGAAUGUGCUUACUUUGAUAAAGUGGAAAAGCUUUGUGGUUUUGGAUCCCACAAUGGGGAAAGUCUUGCUCGGUUAGUGUGGGCAUUCUUCAACUACUGGGCCUAUUGUCAUGAUUAUGCAAAUGAUGUUAUUUCUGUUCGUACUGGAAGCAUAUUGAGCAAGCGAGCCAAAGACUGGACUAGGAGGAUUGGGAACGACCGCCAUCUGAUAUGCAUUGAGGAUCCUUUUGAGGUUUCUCAUGAUCUUGGUAGGGUGGUAGACAAGUUCAGCAUAAGAGUACUGAGGGAAGAAUUCGAACGUGCUGCUGAAAUAAUGCAGUGUGACCCGAACCCCUGUGUCAAGCUCUUUGAACCCUAUAUACCUAGCUGAUUUUGCCUUUUUCCUCAAGGAAACUGUCCCAUAUUUAUAAGAAUGCCCUUUUGGAUGUAAAUUCGUUAUUAAGUUCGUUUUUUGUCUCUCUUCUCGUUUUUGCUUUCACCUAAAUGUAUUUAGGAAUUAGGUGCUUUUGAUCAUCAUCUAGGUGUCUAUUUUUGUAUGUAAAGAACAUUCUCCUAGAAUUCUGUGGUACAUAUUUAUGUUGCGUAUUAUUUAGGCAUGGAAUUGUUGCAA